AUGUCUGAAAUUGACCGACUAUUGAAGAGAUGGUCAUGCACAUUUGGUAGUCGAUCGACAAUUGGUGUUUCAAUUGGUGCAUCGCACUUUUGGUGUUGUGCGUUCGGCCUUCCACGGUCAAGAUGCACAACAGAUGGUGAAAUAGCGAUAACGCCUGAAAUUAGAAUAUGGUGUCGGAUGUGGAUGUAUGAGCUACCAGCCACAAUGUGUCUGUCUGGAUCGUUGCUUGAAGAGAGUUCACCCGCAUGCAAAAUUGUUACUUACGAUCACCCGCUUCUUUUACCUCCUGUAAUGCCAACUAAUUACGAUACACGCGAUAACAACUCUGAUGACCACAUGAACUUUCGUUCUCUCCAGAGAACGAGCAUACCUAUCUGUACAUCUGAUGGUAGUCACAUAGUGUUUGCGUGUACGAAACACAAACGCAUGGGCAUAGAAAAUUUAUUAUGUGAUGUGUACUCGCAUGCAACUUUUCGCAAGGUGCCGGUCGAUCAACUUAUCAUUUAUUCUACCAUUCAAAAAAUAACUCUAUCGAAAUGUUACUACUAUUGCGCCCCCAUCAUGGUCCAAAACAUUGAGGAGAGAGCGCGCGGUCAACAAAAAAAAAACAUCGGUUCCGUGCACUUUGGCAUGGGGAUGUGGAUGGCCUCCCGUCAAGUCCCGACGUCUGUGAUGGUGAUGUGUGAAGAAGGUUUGAUGUUGAACUUUGGUGCUACGCUGUAG